AUGGAAGUUAAUCAAGCAGAAGGAGGAAUCUUCUUGAGACAAAAAUCAUUUGCCUUGAAAGUUCUAGCCAAGUUCUCAAUGGAGAAUUGUAAACCAACCAGCACUCCUAUGGCUGUUGGCAUGAAGCUAUCGAGCCAAGAAGAUCAUGAAUCUACCGGAUAUUCUUUCUUUGUGAGCAUGCUAUCAAGAUUCAUGCUUCUUGUAACCAACAAACAUUAUAAAGCUGGAAAACGAGUGCUAAGAUACAUCAAAGGCACCUUAAGCCAUGGAAUACAUUUUAGUAGGGCUGAUGAAUUGAAACUGAUUGGCUACACUGACAGUGAUUGGGCUGGUUCAAAAGAUGAUAUGAAGAGCACUUCUGGUUAUGCUUUUACACUAGGCUCAGCUAUGAUUUAUUGGAGUUCAAGAAAACAAACGAUGGUGGCUCAGUCUACCGUUUGA